CGUAAUUCUUCUCUAGGACCUAAUAGUUGGGGUGGUAGUUGCGGUUCUGGGAGUAAACAGUCGCCUAUAGACAUCAACACCACCACAGCCAUGUAUGACUCAAGCCUGGGUGAUUUUACACUUGUCAACUACGACACUACACCAGCUGGUGUCAAUUUUACCGCUAAAAACACUGGUAAAUCCUUGAAAGUAUCAAUGGACAGCCAUAUAUACAACGUAAGCGGAGGUGGCCUCCCUGGAGUUUACACCACCGUUCAGUUGCACCUGCACUGGGGAUCAAACAACAGCCGGGGAUCGGAACACACUAUGGACGAGAUGAUGUAUCCUGCUGAGGUGUGUUAUGUUCGAUGCUAUAUGUGGCAGCGUUAAGCUUUGUAUCAUGAAAGUAAUUACCAGGCCCGGAUCCACACCGGUUUCCACCGUUUUACGGAAAUCGGUCAGAUUUUUCAUAAGAAACUUAUUUUUAAUAAUAAUAGAACUUUCCAAGUUGAAAUCUUGAAAAUGGUCUGGACAAAUGUUUUCUUUGUCCAAUUUCUGGGAAUUUGAUGCGCCCCUAAUGAAUCAGAAACCCGGGAAAGCGAACUUUAGGGACUUAGUAUCCAAAAAAAUUCCCGGGGGUGCAUGUCCCCGGGCUCCCCUAGAAGCUUGCUCUCUCGGCCCCUCGUUUAGGAAAUCGGUCAGUAUUUAUCCUAGAUCCGCGACUGAUUACCUUGGUAAAAGCUGAAACGAUAGCCAGGAAAAACGCUUCUAUGUGCUUAAGUCGCAAUUGGGUUUUGCUUCGCUCUGCCUUUGUUGAGUAAACGGCGCCUGAUUAUUUAAGCCAGUUACACGAGUUGAAUAAGAAUUAGUGAUCCUAUUGUCGGAACAUACCCUGAACGGGAAUAAAUUUCCUGCCGAGGUGCGUUUUUUUUGUGAGGUUUACAGUGUGGUGACAUUGCCCAUUUUUAGAGUUUACGGUGAACUUUCACUUUAAAUGUACUCUGUGUAACAUAACUAUGGUGUUACCUUCCCAGAGGAGGUAAUCCCAAUGAUAUAUGGUCUUUACAGGGAGGCUCCCCCCAUAUCUUUUUUCAGGAUUCCUGUAUAUGAAAGGGUAGCCGGAUAUUUCACAAGUUGAAAUAAGUGAAAGGGUAGGGAAAUCCUGGCUCUCAUUUUGUACCGUAAAACGUCCUAAAACGUUUUAAAGACGCAUUUUAUGGCUGUGAAAAAGUCAAGAAAACUUCAUGGCUGGCGGAGUUGGUGAAAUGAGUCACGAAUUACUUAAAUUCUUACCAGUUUGUAAUUCUCUGCUCCAGCGUGUUUUCCGUCAUGUGCAGUUAUCAACUGUGAAAAUGUUUUUUACUUGGAUACUAGCCGUUUAACGUAGGCAUUUAUAGACCCUGAAACUGUGUAGCAACUUCAGUUGCAUAGUGUAUUUGCAUAACUGUAUCUAUCACCUGCAUUUGUUAUUUCGGCUGCUUUUGUUUGACUUUUUUCAAAAAAAAGUUUUUUUAAUAAAGGGAAAUUUAUUAUUUAAAUUUAUUUAUUAUUUCUAUUGAAAUGAAAUACUCUAGGGACGCUUUUGAAGCUGUUCAAAACACUCAUAGCACAUUUUCGCGCUGAAUGCCGUUCAACCAAUGGUUAAACAUUACUGUUCGUGCUUUGAAACGUUACUUAUUAUGACUUAAAUUCUGUUCUCAAUUUUUAGAUCCAUUUCGUCAGCAUGAACACCAAAUACUCCAACCUCAGUGAGUCGCUAGGUUAUUCAGAUGGUUUGGCCGUGCUGGGUGUUUUCCUCAAGGUAAACAUGUUUUCCUCUUGAUAAAACCCUUUUACUCCCCCACUGUGAAAUGUUCACCUAAAGUUUUACAGGGGCACCCAACGAGGAUAUAGUUCAAAACCACUUAACAUAGCAUUGUUGAACGUAUUUUAGUAUCUAAAUGGUAGAUAUAGCCAUAUUUUUAUCCCCUAAAAACUUUUCAUCUGUUCGGAUUUCCUAGCUGAAAGUCUAGUGAUCCGAAAAUUAUAGGGAUCAAAACUUACCUUUUCGAAAAUUUCAGCCAAGAAAAGGCUCCCGAAAAUUCUAGGUGGCCUUUUUUAGGGUAAAAAUCCGUUAAAAGUGGGUAAUUAUACCAUUUUGUAGAUGUUCGAAAAUCCUAGGAGAGGCAGGUAAGCAAGAAAUUUUACAACAAAUGUUUCGAAAAUUCUAGAUCUCAAAUCGUCUUCCCAACAGAUAUUUUCCGAAAAUUGCCGUUGGGUGCCCCUGGUUUUAGUCUUUGCAUGCUAACGGGUGCAAACAUGCAAAUGGGACCUCCAAAGCAGUACUUUGAUUUAUGGUAUUAUUUUAUUAAAAGUUCGAGACUGUGGAUGAAAUCCGUUGACGUCAUCAUUCAACUAUGAAACCUCAGUUUAAACGCGUUAUUAGCCUCCUCCAUGGGCUUCACUGUCCUGUUUUAGAGAACGCGUGGGAGAAUUGGGAGAGGGAACGGGGAUAAGAGCUUGGGCGCCUGAUACCGCCCAGUGAUGCCUGCCAAACAUCGACAAGGUGAUAACCUUCUGCGCAUGUUGGCUCGCGCAUACAAAUGCAAUUUGUGUAAGGGAUAGUUGGGGGUGGAAAGAGAAAUUUGUCGUCGCAUGUUCACGUUGUCGAUGAAACGUGAAAUUUGUCCAAAAAAGCUUGGUGCACGUUCUGAGUUGUUGUUUUGCUAAUCUAAACCUAUUAACUUUUUGACGUUUUCGUUUCUGUUGCCGUAGUGACAUCUUAACCUCCCUACUACUUUCGUAUGGUACCGUUUGAUGUCUAAAUAACUGAAAAUGUGGAUUUUUUCUAACUGUGUUUCCGUACUUUUGGCGCAAAGGAGUCAUUCCAAAGCUAACCUCUCUUUCUAGGCGGAGCUUUUUUGUAUCACCACGAAAAAUAGCCGGUAUCCACGAGUGUUCACAUUAUCAAGUUGGUUCGAAAAUGCCUUGAACACUAUUAACAAACGGAAAUAUUCAUGAUAUAGCUGAACUGAGAAAAAAAAUCUGCCAGAAGGUGUGAAAGUGAAAUCAAGGAACUAAAUAUUUCGUUGCUUUAUUUUUGUUAUUGUUUUAUAAAUUAUAGCUUGGUUCAAGCAACAAUUCGCAUUAUAACUUGUUCUUGGAUCACAUCAACUCUGUGAUGAACAAGGGUAAGUUCGUUUCGCAUUCUGUUAAGGUGGAAGUGCCCUGUCUUCCUGCUAUGUGUUAAAUUUAAAAUUUGAUAACAGCGUUUAAAACGCCCACCGUGGUUAGACGAAAAUGCAGAUGUACAACUGUGCUGUUUGUUACACUUAUAUAUAAUACUUUCUCAGUAUGCAUGACUUACAGUUUUAGGUAUUUGAAGCAUAUAUCAACAUUGUCUUUUCUAUAUAUUGGGAGCUCUAAUGACACCCUUGUGUGGCGUAAUUCGCUUUUCAGAAAGAGCAUCUAAAGCAUCUCGAGGCCAACCUUUUUUAUCCUUUAUGGUUGGCACUGCUGUUUUCUUUUUAAUCUCAAAACACCCAUAAUGUGGAACAAGUGUCCUGCACGUUAUUUUUUAAAAAUACUGAAGUGCUAUUCACUGUUUCAUCUUUUGAUCCGCAGACGAGAGUGUGAUUUUUCCAGCCUUUCCUCUUCUAAACCUCCUUCCAACCGACAAGACCAAGUACUAUCGGUACAAUGGUUCGCUAACAACGCCAACCUGCAAUGAAGCUGUUACCUGGACUGUUUUCAACGAUCCUGUCGAGGUAUCACAGGCUCAGGUAAAAUAGAAAUUAAUUUGUCGUCAAUGCUGAUGAUAUUUGAGACACUGUGAGUGGUGGUGGUUGUGGUGGUGGUGGAUGAUGAGGAUGACGAUGAUGGUGAUGAUAGCUAGAAAUUUACGAAAUAAUAUUAGGUAGACCUUUUUGGGUAUUAGCAGAAAACGUUCCUGCAAUUACUAAGAGCUUCUUUAUUUUGGGUUACGUUUUGGACUUUUUGCGGAUGUUAUUGUUUCUUUAAGACUGUAGGCGAUCCAAAAUUUUGGUCUGCUUUUGCGUGGUCUGCAAUCCGAGCACAAUCGAGAUUAAUAAACCCUAGCAUAGUCAUAUUUUCCUUUAGGAUUUGUAUUAUUGCUCAACGUUAAAUAUCGUUUUCCAGUGCCAAAAACAACUAAUUUGAUCCUUGUCUCUGAUUUGCUCAACUGUUACCUCAACCACAGGAACUGACAUGCCGCACAACCAUACUUACAAACCAAUUAUUAUGGCCUCCUUUUGCCCUUGCGACACGUUUCAUUUGCGACAUAUAAUUGUCCUUGUAGCGUUCCCUGGAAUAUGUACAGGUGUACAUACAUUAUAACCCUCGCGUCUUGGUGUCACCUUCGACGUAGGAGAAACGAAAUCAUCUUCUUUUUUUCCUGUUUACAGCUGGAUGCCCUGCGAUCCUUAAAGAUGAACAGCACCAUGAACAUUGUCGACAAUUACCGCCCAGUUCAGAACCUUGGCAGCCGUAAAGUGAAAUCUAGCUUCAGUUCGACCCAGGCACCUCCGACUACUACC